CAUGCGAUAUUAUUCAGUCUACUGUUGCGGGUUGGUGGAGACAUACGAGCCCCUCUUGAUCCAAAGUUAUUAAGUGCAAAGCCCAGUGCAAAAUGAAAUCCAUGCUCAUUUUCGGCCUUGUGGCCAUGUGUGUGCUGGUAGCCAGCGCGAGCGAGGAGGCGCCCAAGAAGGCCGCUGAACCCGCCGAGCCGGCAGAGAAGAAGCAGGAGAAGCGCGGCAUUGGCCACGGUCUGGGCUACGGCUACGGACCCUCGUCCGGCGGAGCCAUCCUUGGAUCCGGUAUUGGUGUGGCACAAGGUCCCGUCGCCCAUGCUGUCGCUGAGUUGCCCACACAGGUGCACACCAACACCGUGAUCAGGACCGUGCAGGUGCCUUACCAGGUGGAGCGUCACGUUCCCUACCCCGUGGAGAAGACCGUCACAUACCCUGUCAAGGUGCCCGUUCCUCAGCCCUACCCCGUCGAGAGGAUCGUCCAUGUGCCCGUGAAGGAGAUCGUUAAGGUGCCCGUCCAGGUGCCCCAACCCUACCCCGUGGAGAAGGUCAUCAGGAUCCCCGUCAAGGUCCCCGUCGAUCGUCCCUACACAGUCCACGUGGACAAGCCCUACCCCGUCCCAGUCGAGAAGCCCGUCCCCUACACCGUCGAGAAGCGCGUCAUCCACAAGGUGCCGGUCCAGGUCGACCGUCCAGUGCCCUACAAGGUGACCGUCCCAGUGCCCGUCCAUGUUGAGAGCCAUGUAAAGCCUGCCGUUGCCGUUACCCACACCGUCGCCGCCCCCGCUCCGGCCUACAUUAGCCACGGCAUCUCCGGACACGGUAUCUCUGGGCACGGUCUGUCCGGGCUCGGCUACGCCGGCCAAGGCUACUCCGGCCAUGGCAUCUCCUCGUACGGCAGCUCCGGUCACGGAAUCUCCUCGUACGGCGUCUCCGGCCACGGAGGCUAUCUCCACAAAAAGUAGAUCCAAUUGCAACGCUUACGAGGGCCACUGGAGAAUCGAAGUCGGGCGAAAGGCGAGCGCAUAAGCAAGUCGACAUUAUCAAAAUGAACAAAAUAGGCCAACAACCUGGACCCUGUCACCCAGCCAAUUUGCCACCCUCUCCCCCGCCAAGCAACCCUCAACGUACGACUUAAAAUUUAGUUUUAGUUUGUGAUAACAGCCGAAAUUCUUGGAGAGGAACAGGGGAAGGCAGGGGAAGAGUUUUGACAGGCGCCGUCGAUGGGUUAAUCCAAUCUAGAAUGCUUGCCUCUCCCAUUCCCUUCGGUGAUCUGCCAAUGCCCAUCCUCCCGCCCUCCCCCACCAUGUGUACAGUUCUUUUGUAGACAGAGAC